UGCGUGUGUGCAAGUGUGUUUAUGUGUGAGUGCGUGUGUGUGAGUGUGUGUGCAGCAGCGAGAUACAGUAUCAACCCAGAGUGAGGUGGCAGUCUUAUUCCACAUCGACACCGACUUCCCCUGCAUACAUCCUAUCAGCCCGUACGGCACAGAGCACUCAGAGUGCAAGAGAACCAGUCAAGAUGGCAUCUGAAAGUAGCUGUGGACUAUCCAGGAUUUAGUCUUUUAUUUUAUUUUUUUUACCUUUUUGGUGCCACGGAGCGCAAGUGACUGACCGUGCAAGGUAUUUCAUCUAAGGCGCACAGGUCUUCAGAGGAUUUAUUCCCACUGUGGUGAGCUUUGAGCACUUUCUCCUGAGCCAUUCAUAUCCAGGGUAAAUAACUGAGUUGCUUGUGGCCCUUUGGGGACUACGCUGGUCUGGAAUAGCAACAAAGGACGGGGGCGCGCAUUCAUGGGACGCGACUUUGACAGUUCUUCAUAUCUUGUCUUAUAACUUUAUCGCCUGGCAGCGGGGACGAGAUUGUGACUGUGGAGGAGGAGAUGGCUGACGCUCCGCUCCCCGACCCUCUCCCGGACUUGGACGUGGCGAUCGACCCGGACUUCGAGCCUCAGAAACGGCCGAGAUCCUGCACCUGGCCGCUGCCACGACCAGACUCCAGCGCGGUGAAACCGGACAGCAGUGACCCAGAUAUUAUACCCGAGGAGGAGGAUGAUGAAGAGGACAACGCCACCUCUGCGGCCAUCACUGUCAAUGGCUCAGGCGUGGCGACAGAGGACCAGAGCAGCAACAGCCCCGUGGCCGAUGGAGCGCUCUCCUCCCCCGGCCUGGAGAACGGAGGCUCCCCGCUCUCCUCGCACUCUCCGACGGCCACAUCUGGCGCCCUGACCACCGGCGGACUGGGGACCCAGCAGACCCCAAGGAAAGCAUCAUCUCGCCGGAAUGCCUGGGGGAAUCUCUCCUAUGCCGACCUGAUAACCAAAGCCAUAGAGAGCACGCCGGACAAGAGACUGACACUUUCGCAGAUUUACGACUGGAUGGUGCGAUGCGUCCCUUACUUCAAAGACAAAGGCGACAGCAACAGCUCUGCAGGAUGGAAGAAUUCCAUCCGGCACAACCUUUCGCUCCACAGCCGGUUCAUCCGCGUCCAGAAUGAGGGAACGGGGAAGAGUUCCUGGUGGAUGAUCAACCCGGAGGGGGGGAAGGGAGGCAAAGCCCCUCGGCGCCGCGCUGUCUCCAUGGACAACAGCAACAAGUACACCAAGUCCGCCCGCGGCCGUGCUGCCAAGAAGAAGGCUGCUCUGCAGGCGGCGGCAGCUGCAGCUGGCGAAGGGGGUGGAGACAGUCCUUCAGGCCUGUCCAAGUGGCCCGGUAGCCCGACGUCUCGCAGCAGUGAGGAGCUGGACGCCUGGACAGACUUCCGCUCCCGCACCAACUCCAAUGCUAGCACGCUGAGUGGCCGCCUUUCACCCAUCCUUGCCAACCCCGAGCUGGAUGAGGUUCCCGAUGAUGAGCCCCCUCUCUCACCAAUGCUUUACUCGAGUCCUGGCAGAGCGCUUUCUCCCAGCAGCACCACCAACACGCCCAACGGGAAGGGCCAGCCGACCGAGCUGCCCCGUCUGGCAGACCUGGCAGGUACCAUGAACCUGAACGAUGGCCUGGCAGAUGACCUGAUGGAUGAGUUGCUAGAUAACAUCAACCUGGUGCCAACCACUUCAGGACAGGCCACUCCAAGGGGUUCCUCAGGGUUCAAUUUUGGGUCCAAACCCAACGGGCUAGGCUCUCCUUCCUCCGCCUCCUCUCCCUCCUCCAACUCUCCCUCUAACGGUGGAGGUAACGGCUACAGUAAUUCCAUCUUUGGCCCCCACACAGCAGGCUCCGCCCUGCGCUCAUCCCCCAUGCAGACCAUCCAGGAGAACAAGCAGACUUCCUUCUCCAGCAUCUCCCGCUUCGGCAGCCAGACGCUACAGGACCUGCUCAACUCUGACGGCCACAGCCACAGUGAUGUCAUGAUGACCCAGUCCGACCCGCUGAUGUCACAGGCCAGCGCUGCUGCCGUCAUUUCCCAAAAAUCCCGUCGUGGCCUCAUGCUCCGCAUUGAUCCCAUGAUGACCUUUGGGACCACCGGAGGGUGUCAGGGCAGCCAAGGGGGCCUGAUGCAAGGCAACAACCACAACCAGAGCUCCCUGAGGUGCGUGAACGGAGGGCUGAGCUUAGCCAACGAGGCAAACACUCUGGCCAACGCCAAGCAGCUCCUGCACUCGCCCCUGGGAGGAAAUGGCUCCUCCUCCAUGCAGAUCGACUCCUCCAUCUUCCUGAAUGGAACGGUUGGAAGUAGCGGAGGAAUCUGCCAGGACCGCUUCCCCACAGAUCUGGACCUGGACAUGUUCAACGGCAGCCUGGAGUGUGACAUGGACACCAUCAUCAGGAAUGAGCUGAUGGACUCAGAAGACUUGGACUUUAACUUUGACCUUUUUGCCAACAUGAACGGAGUUGGCAACUUCACCAGCACCAAGCAGGCGUCUCAGAGCUGGGUACCUGGCUGAGAGGCUCCGCCCAGGAAGGAGCAGAGCAGGUCUGAACUGUGUAGUGCAAGAGAAGAUCAGAAACACAACGUCCUUUUUGCCAAACCUGCCAUCAGCACAAGACAAAAUACAAACCCUCUGUUUACAGAAGACUUCCUCUUGAGAGAUUCACUUUUGCUCUCACACUGAUGAACCGUAAAUGAUCCGACAGACUCCAGAGAUGCUGAAACAUCAGCCCUCAAAGCCUCCUGUGAAACAACAGACAAAAACUGAGUUAAACAAUCACAACAAACUCACAAGUCCUAGAAUUAUGCAAUUUUCCUUUGACAUCCAGUCAGACAAAGUCUAUUGAUAUCGAAGAGACUCUGCUUAUCAGAAGGGGUCACACGUGGAAUGCAAGGACUACAUGGCAAAGCAAGGCUGGUACUGUAGGAUGCACGGUGCAGUUGUUCCUGUUGCAAAAGAAGAAAAAAGCAAAAAAACAAAACAAAAAAAAACAACAAAAAGAGACAAAAAGUAAAAUGAAAUCAAAAAGUGAUGUGGUGUAAAUCCAAUCCAGUGGUUUCCUGGGAUGUGUUAUGUUGAAAUUUCCCCUCUGUUUUCACUUAGUGAUUUUAAAUGUUCAGUGUUUGUUUUUGAAUUCCUUGUUUUAUCACGAUCGUUUCUGCAUCAUACAUGUCUGUUUAAAAAAAAAAAGAAGAAGAAGAAGAAGUGUUGAUGUAUUGGUGAAAUGGAAAGAAGACGGAGAUGGAGAUUCACACAUGCGUGUAUAUACACGUACAGCACAGACAUACCCAUACUUUGCCCCAGUUUGCAAGACUCCACGGCCUUUAGGAGUUCAAAUGUAACACAAUGCCAUGCACUUCGGGUUUUGUUGAUUCUCAUGAAUUGCUUGAUUAGCUCAGUUUUAAAUUAAUUGUUGUCUAUUGAAAAUUAUAUUACAAUUAGCUGAAUACUACGGAAAGAUUCUUAUUUUUUGUGUAUAUCUAACUGUUAAAAAAAAAAAAGAAGAUGAAAAGAAAAAAAAAGACCAGACGAAGAGGAUCUGUUGUGUCGUGUACAGUGCAGGGCAGUGGAGAGCUGAGUGGAAAUCGUCGAAGGAGGGGAGGGAGGGGAAGGCUUUCUUAACUUUUUGGUGAGUUCUGUCGAGGUUGUUUAGCACAGCAUAUUAUGUAGCCAAAAUAAAUACCUGUGUACUAGGGUUGUGAACAUUUCCACACCAUAACAGGUGCUAUGUUAACAGUGUUGAAUCCUGUCCCGAGAGCAAGCCGUGCAUUUUAUUUUUAUUCUUUUUUUUUUUUGUUUGUUCUUUACCCAACGACCUGCAGAAGCCCAAAGCUGCAGACACAGUUGUAGCAUGGCGAGGUGGAAACUAUAGACAGGGAAUGGGGCUUUACAUUGGGCUCAUCCCGCUAGAAGCCAUUUUGUUUCUCAAGCAAAACAAUAAGCUAUCUGUGUAUAUUGCCAAAUUACUUGAAACAAACAGUAGGACAUGCUGGCAGCCAAAUCACGAAACACACACACACACACUCACACACAUACUUGCACAUACACACACACACACGCACACAUUGCACACACACAUACAGAGAAAAAUAAAAGCAGGGAUAGAGCAGGGACAUGUGUUAAGCUCUGCUGUUUUCUUGUCAUGAGCUUGUGGGGCUUGUUAUGCAUAUAUAGCAUCACUCAGGGGGAAAGGGGGAGGUUUCCCGUUUAGGUAACACCAAGUCACAUUUUGAUGGUGUUUAAAAAAAAAAAAAAAAAAAAAUUCUUGGCAAAAACAGUAACGCUUUGUGUUGUGAACUUGUAACCUGUGAACUUUUGACCGUCAAGAUGAAGAGGAGGAAUGAGGACAGAGGAUUAAGUCAGAAUCGAGACUUCACUCGGUCUGUGAUUUUUAUUAUUAUUAUUUUUUUUUUUUUUUUCUGUUUCAUCGUCAUCGUUUUUUCUGCUCUUGUUGGACUCCCGACACGCACGCUCACACACACACAACCCCUCUUGGUGCUCCUGCAGGUUAAUCCCCUGCAUCUCCUGAGUACACAUUAGCGUGUGUGGGUCUGUGUGUUCGCGUUGAACUGUGGAGUUUUGUUUCUGUUGAGUUAAUCUGACAAGGAUGUGUUAUCCUUCACUAUCCCUCAUGGUGCAUACAGCACAACCUUCUGUAUGCAUGUAUGUAUUUAUGCAUUAUGAAUUGUGUGAAAUGCAUAUAUACUCACUCUAUGUCCUUAUAUACUCAUGUAGUACUUGACCCUUGGAUUUUGUGAUACCUCGGAAGGUAGAGUUGAAGAAACAACGAACAACGUUACAAGACAGGUGGGAGGGAACAUUGUUACCAGCGAAUUUAUUGGUGAACCGGAUUUUUUUUAAGUGGUGGGAAGCACCAUUGUUGUAGCAUCUGGAGACCCUGGUACCCCUUCUCUAACUGGGGUGGCGGCGCAAAGGGUCGCCCCGCUGUGUAAAAUAGUGUACAGUUGUGUGUAUAUCACUUUGAGGCCCAGGCAGAGGAGUGUGUGUGCAUGGCUGGCUAGAGCGAGCUACUGUGCUACCUGAAGUUUAGUGCAUGGCCUAGCUGUACCCCCCUUCCACCCCCGUGCCCUGUCCCUCCACAGAAACACGGAAGUACCCUGUGUCUUAGGAAACACACUCAAACACACACUCUACUGUUUCAACAUCUUCGGUGCUUACGGAGCGGCAGUCGCGCCAUUCUCAUCGUCACGAAUGUGUGUGUCCCGUGACUAUACUGGUGCAGACACAGGGAAAACCCGCCUGAUGGACAUUCCUCCGCUCUUACACUUGUGUCCCAUGUGGAGCAGCUUCACGUCCUUCAGUGCUCUCAGUAGGGAGUUCGGUUCAAACCUGGAUAAACCGUCAUCUGACCUAGAGCUGGAAUUUCCUACACCUAUAGUCGCAUCUUAAAUUUCCUAAUGCGCAUUUAGAGCAUUAUCGAAUUUCUGUUGGCAGGGGGAAUCCUGAGCCGUCAAAGGAACAGCUGCACUGCAAAAAAAAAAAUUUAAAACCAUCUUAACAAGUCAUUUAGACUCAUAUUCAGUCGUAUUUGCCUUAAAACAAGCAAAAGAAAAUGAGAAAUGAAUAAAGCUACCAGUGGGAUGAGAUAAUCCCACUUGUUUCCAAUGCAGUUUCAUUUAUUUCAGGACUUUUUCGGGCAGCAGUUGUAAAUAUGUUGAGACGAGGCAGAAAAGGCAGAUCAGCCCACUAGUAUGAAGAAAAUGACACUUGAAUCAAAUUGUAGUAUUAGUAUUCAUAGCAAGUGGGAUUAUCUCAUCCCACUGGCAGAUUUUUUUUCACUUGUUUUAAGAACAGAGAGAUUUUUUAGACUGAAUGUGAGGAUAAUUGACUCGGUAAUGGAUAUUUUUGGCGGUGUAAGCUUUUGAACUCAUCUGCUCUGUACAAAAUAGCAGGAGCACUUGCUUUUUUUUUCCAUGAUAUGUACUGACCAAGUGAAUCCAGAGGAAAGCUAUAAUCCUUUAUCUGUUUCAUAAUCCAAUCCAUCCAAUCCACUUCAGCGAUGAAGCGGAGCAGACGGGUCAAGGAUGGGUCACCAAGCCUCGAUGAACUUCGCAAAAAGGGGAUUUUUAACUCAAUCGAGGGAAGGUGCUCCGACUAUUUUGUACAUUGAGUAUGAAAUGUGUUGACCGCUGGGGGAGUUAGGUCACACCUAGUCACAGUGGAGCAGGCCUUCCUCACAAACACUCACUGCUACUGCUUCGUUCAGGGAGAGAACUCAUUAUCAGAAGUCGGAAGAGUCUUCUCGUGCCCAACACACACCCACAGCACCCCACAAAUGUAAAGAAAAGGAGAAAAAAAAAAGACAGGAGAAAGUACCACUAGAUACCUUAAUCAACUCCUGGACUUUUUCACCUUUUUCAUAAUCUUCUCUUGAGCCCUUCCAUCCUUGUUCGGAGCCCCAGCCCAGCUCCCCUCCCCUGACCUUUACCCUUUGAACUUUGCCCUUUAUUAAUCUUGCUUCUUCUCGACUUGAUGUUAGUGGGUAUUUUUCCUGUGUAUUCCAUUUUGAAUUGUAAUCUAGUUUGUAUAAGAAAUGGUGCGCAUGUAAAUAAAGCUUGGUGAAGCUCCACACUC